CGCCAAUCAUGGUCAAAUUCGAAAAAGAAGAAGACCCGGAUCAAGCUAACUUUAGUAGCCAUACCAAACAAACACGUUUCUUCACUAAUAAUUUUAAAAAGCAGUCAUGACUUUAGCAUUUAGCAGAGAACCACGAAAGACAGCGGGCAACCGCAUGUCAAAGUUACUGGAUGCUGAAGAAGAAGAUGACUUCUACAAGACAACAUACGGUGGAUUCAAUGACGAAUCGGGAGACGACGAAUAUCGAGGGGAACAUUCAGACACAGAAGAUGAGGUGGAUAGCGACUUUGACAUCGAUGAGGGCGAUGAGCCUGAUAGUGACCAGGAAGAUGAUGCGCCUCGUAGGAAGAGUCGAGUUGUCACUAAAGCCUAUAAGGAGCCUUUAAAGUUGUCCAAGCCCAAACAGAAGAGACCCUUGGAGGAGGUGAAGAAGACUGAGAGGGCAAAAGUAGAGAGAAGAGUCCCACAGGAGUUUCAGGACUUUGGAGAGACUCGGAAGUCUGUACGCCAGUCUACCAGCGAGCACACACGGAAGACAAACCUGCGGCUGCAGGAAAGGCAAGAUGCCCCUCGACGACGGAGGGGGGCCCACCACGAUCAGCCUCUGACCCAGGAUGAGCUGCUAGCUGAGGCCAAGAUAACUGCCGAACUCAACCUCCGAUCUCUGGAGAACUAUGAGCGUUUGGAGGCCGACAAGAAAAAGCAAGUCCAUAAGAAGAGGCGUUUUGAGGGGCCGACAAUCCGCUACCAUUCGGUCCUCAUGCCUCUGGUGUCCCACUCCAUGUUGAAAGAAGAAAACGUUGACGUAGAAGGGUUGGACCAGGACACCCCACAAGCAGUGACUCCUUUGCCACUCAACCCCACCACGGCUUCCCAACACCACACGGGAGGCCUGUGUUCCCGCACCUACAUCACGCUGAGCGACGAAGAAGCGUUCGAAGUGGCCUUCCCCCCGGCCGCUCGCGUCGCCGUCCAGCCGCCCGUCCAGGAAGUUUGCCCCGUGACUCACAAGGCCGCGCUCUAUCGAGACCCCGUCACCGAUAUCUCCUACGCAAACACGCGAGCUUUUCGCAUUAUUCGCGAAGCUUACCGUAAGUAUGUGGCCGCACACGGCUUCCCCAACUCCUCCGGGGGGAUUUCGGGACUCGACGCGUCCGGUUCAAGGGGGGCACGCCAGAAAAUGGUCGUCAAGCAGAGCACUGGAUCUACAUGAAGGCUUCUGUCCUGCUGUGGUUCUUGGGAGGCAUUUGUCGGUUAUAUAUUGUUUUGUAUUAAUGCUCAAAUACUACUUAAUUAAUACAUCAGCGCCAUGAACUCCAGCGCCAUUAAAUCUAUUUUGGAGAUUCUACUGACAGUUGUGCAGGUCUCGGAAAUGUGUUCUAGUAAGCCUUUUUUUUAAUGGUUUCCAAAUUACAAUUGUUUCUCAAUUAUUCUCAAUGGUCAAUCGUCUUCGAAAGAUAUCGAUCUUCUGUAUUGCAGUUUCAAUUGCAUUAGGGUUUGUGAUACACGUCUUUGUAUAAAUUUGCCUUUAUUACUUUUGUCAGAAUAGUACAUGUUUUGUAAAAUUAUGGUAUUUUUUAAUAAAAACAGCUGUUAACUGUA